AUGGAUAGCCAGAGGAGUGACCCUGUUAAGAUAGAGUAUGUACAGGAUAUCCAGUUAACACAAGCUGGAACAAGAGAUACCAUGUCCUCAUUAAGUGGGAGUCUUGUGUCAAGUUCUCAUAAUGUUUCGAUAGGGAUUUCUAAGCAUAAUAUUAGCAAUGGGGUUGACGAGAAUGACUUGCAACAAUGGGCUACUAUUGAGAGGUUACCAACCUUUGAACGGAUUACUACUGCUUUAUUGGAUGAGGUAGACGAUGGCACAACUGGAAAUAAACAAGCAGGUGCUAAAGGUAAAAGAAUAGUUAACGUUGCCAAGCUUGGAGCUCAAGACCGGCAUAUGUUCAUUGAGAAGCUCAUCAAGCACAUUGAAAAUGAUAAUCUCCGAUAG